AUGCUGAGAUCUAUCCGACGGUACUCAACCAAGUCGCCGUUCGCCAAGGUCGGCUCCAAGACCCAGUCCUACGACUACCUGCGAGCGUUGCGGGUCACCCCCGCCGAGACUUUUGCCGAUGUCCCUCUGUCUCCCGAGCUGGAGCAGGAGCUGUCCACCAAGUUCCAGGAGUUCCAGAAGGCUCUCAAGGCCGGUGAGAAGCUGGAGCAGGUCAAGGAGAUUGCACGACAGGCAAGAGGCACCAAAAACGCCGCUGCCGGCGGGGACCCCCAGGCCGAUCUGUCUUCCCUGAUGGGCCGAAUCGACAGUAAGAACAUCCGAGUGGGUAAUGACCAGAGUAAGAUUGCUGCCAUUUUCCCGUUGCUCAAGCGAACCGCCCGAGAUGAGGAGUACACCAAGCAGGAGCUGUUUCUGCGACGACAGCACCGACACGAUAUGCUCAGCAAGUUGGGAGCCGAGGUCAAGGGCGUCUACGAUCCUCUCCAUAUCAUCAAGCAUCCCAAGAGUGGCACCGAGGCCACCGUGACCAGUCUUCUGGCUGCCGGCGCUCAUCUGGGCCAUGCCGUCGAGCUCGGUCACGUCAACAACCAGCCUUUCAUCUACGGCGUUCGAGACGGCAUUUCCAUCAUUGAUCUUGAGCAGACCGUCACCCAGCUGCGACGAGCUGCUCGAAUCACCGAGGCUGUUGCCAAGCAGAACGGUCUGAUUCUGUUUGUCGGCACCCGUGACGGCCAGAAGCUGGCGCUCGAGGCCAUGUCGCGACGAUGCGGCGCUUCCUACGUGCACUCCAAGUGGAUUCCUGGAGCCAUCACCAACUUUUCCAACAUUGCCGCCAACUGGAAACGAUACGAGGUGGUGGACGGCGAGUCUGGAACCAGCUUUGCCGACAUCAACCAGCACACUGGCCGAGAGUUUGACGCAGAGAUCUCGGGCCCUAACAUGCGACCUGAUCUGGUUAUCAUCCUCAACCCCGACGAGAACCCCGCUCUGAUCCGAGAGUGUCUCAAGUCCUGCAUCCCCACUGUCGGAGUGGCCGACACCAACUUUAACCCUUCCAAGCUGUCGUACCCCAUUGCCGCCAACGAUGACUCUCUCCGAACCACGGAUCUGAUCACUGGAGUGCUGGCUCGAGCAGCCGAGAAGGGACACAAGCUGCGACGGUUCGAGGAGCAGCAGCGACGAAACGCCGAGCUUCUGCACAUGAAGAAGAAUCUUGUGCAGGCUGCCGAUGAAAAUGACGUGACCGAGGACCCUUUCUCCUCCGGAGAGGCCCACAAGGAGUAA